GUUGACAUAUUAUACGAUUUGCUAUCCAGCAUGCAGCUCUACACAAGAGCAACGUCUUCUUGUGCCUUUAGGGUGCGAAUUGCACUGAACCUGAAAGGUCUGACAUGCGAUUUUAUUCCUGUUUUGACGAAGGAUCAAUCAGAUGAAGCUUUCAGGAACAUAAAUCCUCAACGACUUGUGCCUGUUCUCGUGAAUGGGAAUGAUAAGAUUGGCCAAUCUUUGGCAAUCAUGGAGUACUUGGAGGACAAGUUUGGUCCUCCAAGUCUACUUCCCAGGGAUCCCGCUGGUCGAGCCCGUGUUCGGGCAAUAAGUCAAUACAUUGUAUCGGACAUACAACCACUGCAGAACACCCGUAUUGAUGCACAGCUGGAACGUUGGGAAGUGGAUGCAAUGGACUGGAAGCAGCACUGGAUCAACCAUGGAUUUGCAGCUCUGGAGGACAUGCUAGGCGCGAGCGCAGGACCCGGGAAGUUCUGUCAUGGAGAUUUCCCAACCAUGGCAGACUGCUGCCUAGUCCCACAGGUGUGGAAUGCGGUCAAUCGCUACAGUGUGGAGCUCUCUGCGUAUCCCAACAUUGAAGCGGUUUACAAGGAGUGUUUGCAGGUUCCGGCAAUAGAUGCAGCCAUGCCCGAAAAGCAGUCUGAUUACAAGCAACCAAAAGAUUGAUACUGGAGCGACAACUGCCCAAGAAGUGCCAGUGUAUGACUGACAGAUGUAAAUGAAGUGCCUCUCUGAGUCUGUAGGUCAACCAAUAACGGUCCUUACUGGUCCUGUACUGGUCCUACGGUAGGUCAUGGUCAAAGCACUGUACUGUAUCUGUCGGGGUCAGCUGUCGACCUUUGAAGACAUGAUGGGUCUGUAAACAAAGCACAUGU